UUCCCGACGGCCAGCAUCCAAGAUGGCUGUUGCAGACAUAGUCAUAAAACAAGAGGCAGUAGGGGCCGUGGAUUUGGAGGAAAGAAUUUGUGAGCUAUGUAAAACUAAUCCUAAAGGAAUAUCYGAUGGGGUGAUACAACAAGAUAUGCCAGGGAUUCCUGCACAACAGCGAGUUACUGCCAUUAACAGAUUAUUGUCAAUUGGCAGAAUUGAAUUACUUAAAAGUGGCUCCCAGUUGCUGUACAGGUAUAAAGAUGCACAAGCAGCUCAAAAAACUAAGGGUUUUGAUGUUGAGGAGAAGGUGGUUUAUCAAAUUAUCGAGGAAGCUGGAAAUAAAGGUAUUUGGAUAAGAGACAUAAGAUUCAAGUGUAAUUUACAGAUGAGACAGCUUAACAAAAUACUAAGAAAUCUGGAGAGUAAGAAGUUGAUAAAAGCCAUCAACUCUGUUGCUGCAUCAAGAAAGAAAGUUUACAUGCUGUUUACACUUGAACCUGACAUAUCAGUGACUGGAGGGGCAUGGUAUAGUGACCAAGACUUUGAGUCAGAGUUUGUUGAAGUUCUUAAUCAACAAUGUUUUAAAUUUCUGGAGCAAAAGUUUCAUCAAGCUGAGAAGCUUCAUGAUGAUCCAGUUGCAAGAAAAAAUUCAUCAUAUAGUUCUUCUGAGGAUGUGUGGAAAUACAUAUCAAAGCUUGGGAUAAGCAAGGUUCAGCUUUCAGUGCAAGACAUUGAAACCAUCCUGAAUACAUUGAUUUAUGAUGGAAAAGCAGAAACAACAGUUGUGGUUGACAACAGAUCAAGUUCUUCUGGYCAAAAGAYGCUGUAUCGUGCUGUUUUUCCUAUUAUCCCUUCCACUGGUCUCAUGAGAACGCCAUGUGGAGUYUGCCCUGUUGUUGACAAGUGUUAUGAUGGUGCAGCAAUAUCCCCCAAGACAUGUAUAUAUAUGAAAGAAUGGUUAGAUCUCUAGAUACUAUUGUAAUAUAGUUGAUAUUUAUUAAAAUAAAAACCUUUAACAUUGCA